UGGCUUGGUGAGGAUCGUUGCAUCACUCGAUGUCGUAUUGAAGUCGAGGUUAGGUUCUUCUGCUCCAUCUGCUCAGGCGCGAAGCAGAUGGGGAUCGGGAUGCUUAUUUGGCCGUAUCCAGUGAAGGAAGGCUCGAUGUUGAUAUAAUGUUGACGGAUGUGAACUCGAUCUCCGCGCCACGUGCCAAUCGUUCAUUCAUUUAUUUCUUUAUUUAUUUACUGGCAUUUAAUUCCAGGACGAGACUCUGCAGGUUGGAGGGUGGGAAGGGUAGAGGGGUCUCUCUCUCUCUCUCUCUCUCUCUCUCUCUCUCUCUCUCUCUCUCUCUCUCUCUCUCUCUCUCUCUCUCUCUUGCUCCCCUUAGUUACGGUACUGCCGCCUCCCCAUCACCGCCCUCGGAAUGAACAUCAAUAAAUCACUUACUCUCUCACUCUUUCACUCGCUCGCUCACUCACUCACUCACUCACUCACUCACUCACUCACUCACUCACUCACUCACUCACUCACUCAAAAAUCAAUCAAUGAUUACGAUUAUUGUCUUUAAUCAAAUUGAUCAAUUAAUUGAUUAGAUAUUACAUAAAAUUAUCGUCAUGGUUUACCCGUCUUCUUCGGGUAAGAUCGUUUGCAGUCACGAUGGCGAUCCCGACGGUGCACGUCCCACCAAAACAAUUGGCGAUAAAGAGAAGAAGAUAGAAAUGGGGAUGGCGAUCCCAACGAAACGAGGGCGGGGAAACUCCGGCGGCGGUCGCAUUCCUCCUCGUGGUCAUCUUCUUUCUCCUCCUCCUCCUUCUCCUCCUCCCCCCCCUCCUCCUCCCUUGAGAGCAUGUGAUGUGUCGUCAUCAUCAUGGCCCCCCGUCCGAUACAACUGCUCUUACUGUCUCCGUCAUUUUCCAGAUGAGGUGUCUAUCAAGCGCCAUCUGAAGAAAGCUGCGCACUCGAAGCACGAUCCCACGUGCGGGUCGUGCGGCAGACAAUUUCCUUUUCUGGAUUCGUUGAGAGAGCAUCUGCUGGGCCGCUUGGCAAAAGAGAAAUGUGGAAAAGAUUUCGCCGAAUGUGGCUGUCCGUUGUGCCUGUUCUUUUACCCCUCCCGGGAAGCAAGGGACGCGCAUCGGCCUCAAUGCUUACAAAACGUUAUGCAUUCUCCCUCAGCACCCCCUUCCCCUCCUGCUGCUGCUGCUCCUCCUCCUUCUGGUCCUAUUUCUCCUCCUCGUCCUUUUUGUAGAACCCCUGCUGCAGCUAUUGCUAUUCCGACUGCUAGUACCGCUAUUCGAUCUCCUGAUCUUUCCCAAGGAGGAGGAGGAGGAGGAGGAGGAGGAGGAGGAGGGGGAGCAAGACGACGAGGAGAAAGAGAAGAAGGAGAAGAUGGAGGAGGAGAAGUAAAAGAAGAAGAAGUUUGUCAGAACGGUUCCCAGCUCCAAGGACAACGAAAUGGCUUUAAUUCUUCUCAAAGAGGAGGACGACGAUGCAGAAGGAAAGGAAAGAAACAAGGAGGAGAAGGAGGAGAAGAAGAAGAAGAAGAAGGAGAAGAAGAAGAAGUACGAGAGGAUCAAGGUAAAUCCCAGCAGCAGCAACGGAAUGGUUAUAGCUGUCAUCGACGAGAACACCAUCGGCAUGCUGGUGUCGUCGACUGCCAGCCAUCGCCAGCGGACCAUACCAACAAAGACAGUGGUGUUGAUGUCAACAGCCGACUGAAUGAAGACAAGAGGUCGAGGAUGCCGAUGUUGAUCUGCAAUGGCAAGUGCGGUCACGAUGGCAGUAGCCGUUGCGGCGCCUAUGGUGGUCGAAGGGAAGGCUGCAUUUACGACGACAAUCACAACCAGCAUAGCCAGGACGAGAGGGUGGUGGUGGUGGCGGUGCGGGCGGACGAAGAAGGCAGAAAAGAUGAUGGAGGCAUUGUUGACAUCAACGGCAACUUGCAGGGUCACCAGAGGAUGACGACGGCUAUGGAGGAGAGGAGAGCAAUGGGGGCCAUGGAGGGGACCAGCUCGAUGAGCAAGGUGAGGAGGGGAGGAAGGAGGAGGAAGAGGCAGGGAAACAAAAAGAGCAGUGCCCAUGCUGAGCUCGAGGGUGCCAGCGAUGGCAGAAGCUCCUGCCCCCCCAAACUCAUCCCGCGGCCAUGUCCGGUGGCUCUCGAUUGCGAGAUGGUGGGAGGAGGUCCUGACGGUACUACUGACCUGCUGGCCAGAAUCUGCAUUGUCGAUGAAAAUGAGGACGUUCUUCUUGAGACUUACGUUCGGCCAGUUGAACCAGUCGUGGAUUACCGGUUUGAAGUCACCGGGAUUCGAUCAGACGAUCUAGAGACAAAAGGGAGGCCGUUCACUCAGGUCAGGAAAGAGGUACUCGACAUCUUGUAUGGUAAGGGUAAGUUUGCAAUUGCCAUUUCAAAGGGCUCUCCUGCUCCUUCUGGUAUUUGUGGAACUGAGGAAGACCCCCCCCCCCUGGCAGCUACCAGUAGGGUAAGUGGAGAGUUUAAAGAUUGUCCUAAGGGGGGUCUUGAGGGGUGUACUAAUGGGGUUCUUGAGGGGUGUACUAGUAACAAUGGCGUUCUUGAGGGGUGUACUAAUAAUGGGGGUCGUCAAGGGCGUACAGACGGGGGUCCUGAGGGGGGUUGUAAGGGGAUUCAUGAGGGGGUUGCGCUGGAAAGUCGGAAGGGAGGCCUUAACGAAGUCAGUGAACAGCUGAAGGAUGGUCCUCACGGGGGUGUGGAGGGAUGCACUGAUGGGGGUCUUCAGGGGUGUGCUAAUGGUGGUCGUGAGGGGCAUGCUAGUGGGGGCCUUGAGGGGUAUGCUAGUGGGGGUCUUGAGGGUAGUGUGAGGGGGGGUUGUCAGGGGAGUCUUGAAGUGGUCUUGAUGGGAAGUCAGAAGGCAGGAGUUGAGGGGGUACCGAAGGGGGAAAGAAAUGGGUCCUUGAAAGGGGGGCUCAAAGGAGGUGUUAAGGGGAACGUUGAUGGGGUCGUUGAUGGGGGUGUUGAGAGUGAUUGUACGGAUAGGUGUAAUGGGGUUCUUGAGGGGGCCUGGAUGGAAUGUCGGAAGAAACAUCUUGACGGGGUAUCGAAGAGGGACCAAAAGGGGGUCCUCAGUGAUGGGCCCUUGAGGGGAGGUCUGAAACAAGGUCUUAACGGGGGCGUUGAGGGUGGUCUUCCAAGGAACUGUAAUGGGGUUCUUGAGGCAGUUUCAAAUAAGGACAGGAAAGGUCUUGAGAAGGGUCUCGAGGGUAAGAAAAACAAUAAUAGGGAUCUUAAGGGUUGUGACUGUGGGGUUAAGGAUCCAAAGCCCAAGGGUGAGGUUUACAAAAGAGGGGAGGGACAAGCAACUGCAUACGAUGACGAUGAUGACAGUCGUGAUGAAAGGGAGGCAGAAAAGGAGGAGGAGGAGGAGGAGGAGAAGGAGGUGGAAGCGGCCAACGAAGAGCCGGGAGGGAAAGAAAAAGGACGGCUACUUGUUGGUCACGGUUUGAAGCACGAUUUAGAUUGCUUAUUCAUCAAUUACCCGGACAAGCUUUUGAGGGAUACUGCCACGUACCCUCUGUUGCUGAAGACUUCAGGAUAUAGUCAAAAGCUUAGGCACUUAACCGAUAAUUAUCUUGGAUAUCUUAUCCAAAAUGGAUCUUGCCAUGAUCCUAAAGAAGAUGCCAUCGCAGCAAUGCGGAUGUACAGGAGGAUGCGAGACAGUUGUUUCUGCAAAUAUGCUGCGGACGUCCGCCCUCGAUAUAAUGGUCUGGAUCGUCACCCUUGUUCUCCUCCUCGUCCUCGUCCUCGUCUUCGUCUUCAUCCGCUGCAGCAGUAUCAUGAGAUGCAGCAGCAGCUGAGAGGAACUGAUGACGACGACGUGGCAGUUGCAGCAAAUCAACAGCGCCAAUGUGGCCGCAAUGUCAACGCGCAUUAUUUCCUCUCGCAUGCAUGUUCUCAGAAGGAGGAGGAGGGCGAGGAGAAAGAUGUUUCUCGAAGCGGACAGACCUCUCGGCUCAAAAUUGAAAGGCAUUACAACAACUCCUACAAUUUUGUUAACGUCCGUUGGAAACCCAGAUAUACGAGCUGGUGCUUGGAUUAAGCCCUUUUCUUUGCCUUUUUUUUUUUUUUUUUUUUUGUGGGUGUGGGGGGGGGGGGGGGGGAGACAAAAGCGCCAAUCUAUUGGUAGGGAGUGUCCCUGCUGGAAACCAGGUCCAGUGUCCCAUGACAACAUACAGUCCAUUCAACAAAUGGCCUCGACCAAU